GAUUCCUUUACCAGCAGAGGGAGCCGUGAUCUUAGAAGAACCUCUCUGUGUUUUUGCUGGACUCUGGAGCUCAGGAGUUUGAACACCUGCGGAUACGACGAGUUUCUAGCCGGCUCUAUCAGUGCUCUCCGUGAUGAGUUUGCUCAGUCUGGGUCAUCUCUCCGAGUCCCAGGACUGGACGAGCCCGAACCAGGUCGAGCAACCGAACCAUCCGCGCCCGCACAUCAUCUUCAUCAUGACGGACGACCAGGGCUUCAACGACAUCGGCUACCACAACAGAGACAUACACACUCCGACACUGGACAAGCUGGCAGCGGAGGGAGUGAAGCUGGAGAACUACUACAUCCAGCCAAUCUGCACACCGUCCCGCAGUCAGUUCAUCACGGGCAGAUAUCAGAUCCACACGGGUCUCCAGCACUCGAUAAUCCGCUCCCGCCAGCCCAGCUGUUUGCCCUUUGACCUCCGCACAUUACCUCAGCGUUUGCAGGAUUCGGGAUACUCCACACACAUGGUUGGGAAAUGGCACCUGGGUUUCUACAAGCGCGACUGCCUCCCGACCCGUCGCGGAUUCCACACGUACUUCGGCUCUCUGACGGGAAGCGUGGACUAUUACACGUAUAAAUCGUGCGACGGGCCGAGAGUUUGCGGAUACGACCUUCACGAGGGCGAGAGAGUGGCGUGGGAUCAGGGAGGACGCUAUUCCACACACUUAUACGCGAAACGAGUACGGAAAAUCCUCGCCGCUCACGAUCCUUCAUCCCAACCUCUCUUUAUUUUCCUGUCCUUCCAAGCCGUUCACACUCCCUUACAAUCCCCGAGGGAAUACAUCUAUCCGUAUCGACGGAUGGGAAACGUGUUUCGCCGGAAAUUUGCCGGGAUGGUUUCCGCCGUUGAUGAGGCGGUGCGAAACGUUACGUACGCGCUACGAAAGUACGGCUACUAUAAGAACAGCGUAAUCAUUUUUUCCACGGAUAAUGGCGGACAGCCUUUGUUUGGAGGGAGCAAUUGGCCUUUACGGGGAAGAAAGGGAACGUAUUGGGAAGGAGGAGUCCGUGGGAUCGGAUUCGUACACAGUCCGUUGUUAAAACGCAGGAGAAGAGUUAGCAAAGCUCUGGUUCACAUCACCGACUGGUACCCGACGCUAAUGGGACUCGCAGGAGGGAACGUUUCCCAAAUGGAAGGGCUUGAUGGAUAUGACAUGUGGGAAGCCAUUAGCGAUGGGAAAGAGUCGCCACGAUUGGAAAUCCUUCAUAAUAUCGAUCCGCUUUACAACGCCGCGCGACACGGAUCUUUAAAAAACGGUUUUGGGAUCUGGAAUACCGCCGUACAGGCGGCCGUUCGAGUCGGAGACUGGAAACUUUUGACGGGAAAUCCCGGAUACGGAGACUGGAUUCCUCCUCAGAUGCUCGGAAACUUCCCAGAAUCCUGGUGGAAUUUGGAACGACACACGGAGCAGAAGAAAUCCCUGUGGUUGUUUAACGUGGCGGAUGAUCCGUACGAGCGCUACGAUCUCGCAGAGAAUCAUCCAGAUGUUGUUAAGCAACUUUUGGCUCGGUUGACGUUUUAUAACCGGACCGCCGUUCCCGUUCGAUACCCUUCGGAAGAUCCCAGAGCCGAUCCCAGCCGAAACGGAGGAGCUUGGGGUCCUUGGGAAGGAGACGGAGAGAACUGGGAGGCGUUUUAUCCUAGAAAGAGAAAAAUCAAGAAGCAAAAGCGGAAGUUUUGCAAAAUGAAGUCAUUUUUUAGGAGACUUAACAUUAGACUGAUGUUAAACAGGAUUUGAUCCGACUCAACCUAGGAACGAGCCA